UUAAGUUAAUUUCGAUCGCUCAAACGAAACGGUUAUUCGACUUGGGAUUCGGUAAAGUCGCUGGUACAGCAGAAAAAUACGAGCAGAUAAUAAACAAAGUGCAUGUGCAGCAGUGCACUCGGUAUUUGCUCGAUUUUUACAAUACUCGGCGUUUUUUUUUUUUUGGUUUUUGUUGUGCCAGUACUCUCGUUGGGUGCUGCGUUUAGAGCUUGGUAUUACCUGAAUUUUUGGGUUGGCUCUUUGGCGGCUGCGCGGCCUGAAGUUCUGUGCGCAGUCGUAGCACUCGGCACGAUUUCAUUUUCAAUAAACGCGUUUGCUAUUGGCACGCCGCGUGGGCGCCAUGUGCAUGUGCAUGUCUAUGCAGGUCCGCGUCCGUGUCGGUGCCGCCUCGUGUGUGCAUUAGCUAAUGUGUUUGUAUUGCUAAUUAAACAACAACCACAACCACACAGAAGCAGUAGCUGCAGCAGCGAGCAUCAGCAUCAGCGGCAGCAGAAGCACAAGCAAGACCAACUGCAUCGCAAAAGCAAAAACAAAAGCAACAGCAAAAGCAAAAGCAGCAGCAACUAGAAACGAUAACUCUGACAAAAGCGAAACAAAGUGCCAGAUUGAGGCGAUAACCGAAAACCAUUUUUCAUUCACAAAUUGGAUCAGCGCAACAUCCAGAACAGGUGUUUGGCAGCAGGUUUCCCAAUCAACUUCAUUUCCCAUGAUUCAGGGCACGAGGAGCGUUCGGCAUGACGUGAACUGCUCAGAUAUUCCAUGCAAGAACAGAACGAACCCUUUGCCACUAGUCGCCGCCCCCCCAUCGAACCGAUUCGAUUGCCAUUGAACAACGUCCGAGCGGGACGUGAUCAGAUCAGUGAAGAGUAGAGCAGAAAGAACCAACCUCCAACAUGGACUCACGCAUCGGCCUGGACUACAUUGUCGAGAAUCGUGACUACAUUGCCAAGCUGGGCGCUGCCCUGGACACGCAGAAUGCAACGGUCAAGAAGCAGGUCUUCGAGCUGCUCUCCGCGCUGUGCGCCUACAGCGCCGAGGGCUAUGCGCGUGCCAUCGAAACGCUGGAGUUUUACAAGAAUCUCAAGAAGCAACGGUACCGCUUCAAGAUCGUCAUCAACGAACUGGAGCUGGCGAGUGCCUCCACAGCGCCACCGCUAGACUACCAGGCCGCCCUGCUGGCCUUCAUCAACUGUGUCAUCAUCUCCGCCGCCACCCUGCAGGAUCGCAUACGCAUCCGCAACGAAUUUAUAGGUCUCAAAGUAUUGCCGCUGCUCAACAACCUAAGGAAAGUCGCACAGAGUGUGGGCGAUAUCAUCGUACAAUUGGACGUGUUCGUGGAGCAGCAGGAAUGCGACGAGGCCCAGAGCCUGCAGGCCCCCGACGGCAUCAAUCUGAGCUCGCAUCUUGAUGUCUUCUACGCGAUACUGCGACAGGUGGCUGAUACGCCUCAGGAAGGACCAUUCCUCAGUAUCCUGCAGCACCUGCUGCGCAUCGACUCCAAGGAGCAGCUCAGCGACAUCAUCUGGGACACCACCGAGCGCCUGGUGCACCGGGCCACGCUGCUCGAGAGCCACGAGGAUGCAGUGCGCCUGCUGCGCACGCCCAGCAGCCAGAAGUUCUCCUGCCAGAGCUGUCGCGGCAGCGAUGCCAGCAGUCCCACCCGGAAGCCCUCACAGCCAGUGGUGGCCGCCAAACCACCACCCCCUCCGCCACCGCCGGCCCCAGGAAAAGGCAAUGCCCUGGUCCCGCCGCCCCCUCCUCCACCCAUGCUGAAUGGCAGUGCUCUGCCUCCGCCGCCGCCUCCGCCCGCGAUGCAGCUGUCCGCCCGCCCACGCACGCCGGACCCCAGCGGGACGGCGGGGCCGGGCGAGCCGAGUGCCGCAGCGGUGCUGCUGCCGCAGCAGGACACGCCGGCGCCCAAGUCCAAGAUGAAGACCAUCAACUGGGGCAAGAUUCCGCACAACAAGGUGCUGGGCAAGCCGAACAUCUGGAGCAUCGUGGCCAGCAACCACCAGGACAGCCCCAUGAAGGACAUCGACUGGAACGAGAUGGAGGGCCUCUUCUGCCUGCAGUCCACCAGUGCGCAGGGCUCGCCCAAGCUGGGGCGCGAGAGCAGCAAUCCCUCAUCGUCCUCCAACGGCUGCGACACCCUGGACCGCAAGUCCAAGAAGGAGUGCACGGAGAUCACCCUGCUGGACGGCAAACGGAGCCUUAACGUGAACAUCUUCCUCAAGCAGUUCCGCACCAGCAACGACGACAUCAUCCAGCUGAUACGGCAGGGCGUCCACGAGGAGAUCGGGGCCGAGAGGCUGCGGGGCCUGCUCAAGAUCAUGCCCGAGGUGGACGAGCUGGACAUGCUGAAGGGCUUCAAUGGCGACAAGGCGCGUCUGGGCAACGCGGAGAAGUUUCUCCUGCGGCUCCUUGAGGUGCCAAACUACAAACUGCGGAUCGAGAGCAUGCUGCUCAAGGAGGAGUUCGCCGCCAAUGUGUCGUACCUGGAGCCCUGCAUCAACGCCAUGCUCUACGCUGGCGACGACCUGCUGAACAACAAGACCCUGCAGGAGGUCCUCUACAUGGUCGUGGUGGCCGGCAACUUCCUCAACUCCGGCGGCUAUGCGGGCAAUGCCGCGGGCGUGAAACUCUCCUCCCUGCAGAAGCUCACCGACAUCCGGGCCAACAAGCCAGGCAUGAAUCUCAUCCACUUUGUGGCCCUGCAGGCGGAGAAACGCAACCCGGAGCUGCUGAAGUUCACCGGACAGCUAAGCACCCUGGAGAAUGCCAGCAAAACCACCUCUGAGCAGAUCAACAACGAAAUCAACACGCUCGAUGGCCGCAUCAGGCGGAUCACUCGGCAGAUCGAACAGCCCGCCACGGACACGGACAUUAAGCAGCAAAUGGCGGAGUUCCUGCAGGCCGCCGAGUCGGAGCUGGCUGUGCUGCAGUCGGGCAUGAAGCAGGUGGAGGCCAUGCGGCUGAAGCUGGCCGAGUUCUUCUGCGACGAUGCGGCCACCUUUCGACUGGAGGAGUGCUUCAAGAUCUUCCAGAGUUUCUGUGAUAAGUUCCGGCAGGCGGUCAAGGAGAACGAAAGGCGCCAGCAGCAGGAGCAGCAGGCGACGCUGCGCAGGAAGCAGCGCGAGGAGCAAUUGGCCAGGAGAGCCAGGCAGAUGGGUCAGGCUGGGACGCCCGUGUCCGACUCGGAGCACUCGUUUCUGGGCGAUGCCCUGUUUGAUCCGCGCGCCAGCCCAGCGCUGAGCAGACGGCACCUCGGCUCCGGGGAGAUCAGCAAUGGUUUCAUUCGCCUGGAGCCGGACGGCGCCUCGCCGGACAUCACGCCCAAUGGCAGCCUGAGGCGUCGCCGCAGUCGCGUCUUGGCCGAGGAAGAUGACCUCAUGGAGUUCUUGCGCAGCUCCACGGGACCCCACGACGGUCACAUCAGUCGCGAGCGCAAGGCAGCCGCCUACGGCAGUCUGGACCGCUCCUGGGCCCGUCGCGCCCGUUCCGGCAGCUCCAGUCGCAAGCGUCCCGAUCUGCUCAACAUUGAUUUUGGCCUAGACCGGGAGCGUGCCAGUUCGCCGGCUCCCCUGCUCCAACAGCAGCAGCAGCUGCCAUCCCCGUUGGCCAGUGGUGCCGUCACGCCCACAACAUCAGCCAACACUCCCACAGGCAGUGGGCCACCGAUUGGCCAGCCACCGCAGGCAGUGCACGAGGAUGCGAAACCGAGAAUAUCCCGUGAAUGGCGCCAGAAGAUCGAAACGUGGCUGCAGUCCAACGAAAACGACGAGAAACAGAACGAGGAGUACAAGCGGAAGCGUCGUCUGGUCAACGCCAACCGGCGGUCGCUCGAAAACGAUACAGAAAACGAACGAAAACUGGACCCAUUGCCGGAGGAGAAGAUCAUGCCGACAACGACGCCAACGAACAUGCCGACCACUAACCCAACUAACAGACAGGACCAGGAGUCCAAGUACCAGCGCGUCUACUCCGACUGGAAGCCAUCGAAGACCCUGGAGCAGACGGAUGUGGUGGGCCACCUUCAGGCCAUAGCCGAUGCCAGUAGCACGGCGGAGGCUGCACAGCACUCCAACACUGCCGAAGGACUGCGCCAGUACCGCCGGCAGCGAUCGCAGGAGCAGAGCCCCGGAGUACUGCACUCGAUUGCCGAGGAGGAUCGCCGCAAGACGCUCAUCCAGAAGCUGGGCGACCGUGACGGCAGACGACCCGCGGGCCUCGACCCGCAGCCGACUGAGGCGGCCAAGAAGGCUGAGGACCAGCUGGCCCCCAAAUCACCAAAGCCCAAGCAAGACGACACCUUUGCCAGUCUACUCAAUCACCACAAGAGCCACAACGAGGUGCAGUGUGGGGCGGGCUCCUCCAAGGAGGUCGAUGCCGACAACAUCGAGACGCCGCCGGCUAGCCGUCGUGUGAUAGCCACGCCCACGACCACAGUGGUGACGGUGAGCAUGACGGACAAGCCCAAAGCUGUGCCCGAGGAGAAGAUCAGCAUUGUCGUGGGGGCUGCAGAGCACGAUGCUCCCGGCCACUUUGACCGCCAUGCACUGGGACGACGCACGCGUCGUUACAAGCGGCCUACGGACUAUAGCAGUGGCAACGAGGAGCCCAAGCCGGAACUGAAACCGUCCACGGGCAAGCAGGAGGCACAGCAACCGGAAAAGGCCAAGCAGAAGGAGCGAACGAUUACCAAACUGGAGAAAGUGGGUCGCCACAUCAGCUCCAUCAACCAGGAAGAUGUCCGCGAGGCCAUACGCAACCUAAAAUCACCCACGGGAACGCCCGAACGACCCUGGAGUCCACCACGCGAGAUUACGCCCACAAAGCUGAAGAUCUCCGCCAGCGGACACCACGAGCUCAACGACGAGGGCUUCGAGGAGACGCAGAGCCUCGUCUCCGACACCCCAUCCCACGGCAAGGGCGAGAGCACCAACUCGUCGUGCAACGAGGCCAACGAUGCCCCCAGCCGGACACGCCCGCUCCAGAAGCAGAAGCCCACCACGACCAGCAUCACUCAGAUGGGCAGCCGCCUGGCAGAUCGACUGCAGGUGGCACGCCUCAGAGGCACCUCCACAGCCUCCUCCAGUGCGUCACAAGCUGCAACCAAGUCACAAAACCAAAUGCCAGCCACCAGUGCUGGCCAGAUCAAGCGCAGCAUCUCCGCCAGUCGACCCAUGCGCAUGCCCAAUGGCAAUCCACUGCCCAGUGCCACGCCCAUUCGCUCAGCAUCCACGGUCCGACGAUCGCCGCAGGAGCAGCAGGUCCUCUCCGGCGUGGAGCGCAGCAGCUCCCGCAACAGUCUGCGCUCCUCGCGGUCCUCCAUCAACAGCGGAGCCUCCACCCAAACCGUGGUGAGACGCCUGCCAGCCGUCCAGCGAGCAGGAGCCACUGUCUCCGUGGACUCGUCCCCCAGCAAGCGGCCGCUGGCUGCUCAGAACACCCGCCCAACGCCAGGACGCGGGGUGCCAGCAAGUCGCAGCAGCAGCAGUGGCUCCAGUGUGGGACCCAGUGUCAUUCUAGUGCGUAGCAAGGUCAGCGCCACCCCCAGGACCACCACGGUCUCCAUUAGCCCAUCCCUGGGAGGCAGCACCAGUUUCAAGGAGAACCAAUCGGGGGCUUCGGCCUCCCAUCCCCAGUCCCUGUCGCAGUCCAGGAUCAGUGCUGCCCGAAGCGCAAUGCUCGUGAAGAACGUGUUGAACCAGCAGGCGGCCAAGGCCAGUCCGCAGCAGCGCAGCUCGAGCACCAGUCGCUCUGUGAGCAGCUUCAUGCGUCCCACGGCCAGCAGUGCCACCAAGAGGCAGAAAUGAGCUGGUGAUGGGUAGGGGGUCCAUCGUCCAAGUUAACGUCCCAAACGCCAUGACAAAGAUAAGUUACAAAAGCAACCGCAAAUGCAUCUACUCUAAGCCGUCCAAGCGAACGACAACAAGCAACAAUCUCGAAUUUCCGGGCAGGAUCCGUCCUGCACACACACACACACACACACAAAAACAAAAUAAACACGCACUCGUUGCACGUCCGAUAAUUGUUACAGUUGCAAGCGAUAUUUUGAGAUGUUAUACAAAAAUCUAGUGUCUACCCAAUGAUUCCCCCGCACAUUCCAAAACAUACUCCAAUUCCAAUCGACAGUCCAGCAGACGAAGGAGGCCGCGUCCGACCUCCAACCUGCUAAAAGACACAUCUUUCAAAUUCUUAAAUAUAUUUGAGCACAAAAAAAAAGAGACAAAAUACUAGCAUGUAAAACUACUCAACUAAACCUAAGAUUAAGUAAACAGAAAAAAGUUUAAAAAAAUGUUAAACUCGUAUUUUCCAUAUUUAACAUGUAGUUCUAGACAUUAUUCGAUUAUACAUGUGUAGGAAACAUAUUUUUUUUAUAGAAGCGCGUUAUUUACAAAGUGUAGUUGAAGAAACCAAAUCAUGAAAAUGACAAUUACAAAUCUUGAAAUAAAAGAGGAAUAAGC